CGCGUACAUACAGCGUGAUAGUUGCGUGCAUGCGCGUACCGAGCACAUCGCAGUCGUAUCGUUUUGGGGGGAGACCGGUGGACAUCGCCGCGGGCCACAUCCCACAGCACGCCGGAACAGCAGUACUGUCAGUACUGGAUCGGCCACCGGCACGCCAACUGUUCGACGGCGUGUUUAAUUCGAAUCCGCGCGCACACCGCGACACAACGCUGUACUCGCCGUCCCGCGGCACCCGCACGUAUUAUUCACGUUGUUACUACAGUCGCGCACGUUGCCACCUGCCGGUUAUUCGUACGCUCCCCGUGUUAACGUAACCGCCGACACUCCGCCGCGUGUUCCGGGAUCGCCGUGAUUUUAAUAAUAAUUUUCGCUGCCGGAUAAUCAUAAUAAUAUUGUACCGUUUUAUCCCGUUUCAAAUGCAACCGGGCGUGUGAUGAGUUGUGUUGUUUAUCCAAAAAUCACUCGACGAACGGCAGUUAUUAACCACCAGGUAUUUUAUGAGAUUACUAUUGAUUCGCGUAUUAAUUAGAGGAAAUAAAGAAAUCGGGCAUUGCGUACCGUCGUGCAAUUGAUUUUCAUCCGCGGCCCUCGGAAACGCACUCGAUUAAACAUUACAAUAUCAAAUUAUCCUAUUAACGAACGCGUUUACGCGAAUAGAUUAGGUACCGUUUUCGAAAUUCGCAAACUAUGCCUAUAGGCCCUUCAGCAGGGAUACAGGCGCCUAAAUUAUUUUACGCGCGAAAUAACAUUUCGUGCGAUUUAGCGCGUCGACGACGGUACUUGCGCGUAACAACGAAACAAUAACGUGCGCUACGCAUGAUAAUACGCGCGGGUACAAUCGUCGAUUUAUCCAUCACUUGUAAAUCGCGUAGGUCCACGUGUGACCGCGGCGUUUCGGGUGCCGCUGAGAAUUUACCGAAUCGCUUUACUCUUGAUCGCCUGUCCACGCGGGCGACACCGAGGGCCGUCCCGCCGACACAAACGCUUUCGUUUGUCCGACUUUUAAACCGAGUUUACGGCCGGCGACCGACUGCGAUCGGUCGGUUACCGCACGCACACUACGUUUACAAAAUCCACGUUUAUAUUAUGUCGGCGAGAACGGCCCCGAACGGCGGCACGCGUAAUUACGUUUAUUUACCCGUAAUGAUAUUUACCGAACCGAUCGUGCGGGGUUCGCCUCGGGUAUUUUAUUUGCAUUUGUAUAUUUUGUCACGUGCCUCGGCCGGCGACGAUAUUCGCCACCUACGGGCAGAGGGAAAAUCGCAGCUCCCCCUCCGUCGUCGUUACCACCGUAAAGAAAAUGUCGUGGUGCGCAAAAAUCUGCAGGUUAGGACGUCGCUCGUGGUGGCUUCUUCGCAGACAAUCGCGCCUUUGAAUAAAAUAUACAAAUGAUCACAGUCAUCACUUGUGACAAAUUGCACGUUAAUUAUUAUUAUAGCGAACAAUAAUAAUGCCGCCGAUUGUCCGGAAUCAAUUGGGCGUUUUUAAACGUUUGUCUUCCGAAUUCACGAGUUUACAUUGUUCAUCAAAUAUUUCAAAAGCUACAUGACCUCAAUGUCUCUGUCGUAUAUUCGACGGUGUCUGCCGGUAAUUGUUUUAACGCUCUUUGAAUUAAUAGACAUUCCGAUGAUUAGUGUGAUUAUUAACGUGUUUGUAUUUUUUUUCUCUCUGUACUUAAUUGCGAUUGUUAACUGCAAUUUUUAUGUAAAUUGGAAUUUAUUAUUAUUAUUAUUAUUGUCAUUUUUUUGAUUUUCCAAGGCGUUUUCGAAACAAUUGAGAAAAACCCAAAAGGAAAUUGUAGGUAAAACGGAAAAUAUUUACGGCACGCCGCGGCGUUACCGUUUUCAUUGUUUUUAUUAUGUUCAACUUAUUUUUAUUUCCAGAAAUAUUGACAAAGAAAAUCGUGUUUUAAAUAUCUAAAGUAUUUUUCAUGAUAAUCAGGAAAAACCAAUCAAGACGAAGUGUACGAUUUUUUUUUAAUUACGACACAAUGAUUUUAUUAUUUUAAAUUUGUACGGCUUAUGUUUUCUACCAUAAAUAUUGCUUCAAUAGAAAAACAACAAGAAAUAUUUUGUGUUGAAUUUUUAAUCUGGAUGGUGACCAAGCAAGUCGUUUUUGAUUUUUUUCUUUUUGUAGGUUUUUUUUUUUAAUAAUUGAGCAACACCGAAAAGUCGCUGAAAGAACGGACAAUUUUACGAAAAUAAUGAUUUUAUUAUUUAAAAUGUGGUUUUUUCGUUGCAAUUCAGGUUUAAAUAUUUGUAGAGAUUUAAAACAUUGACAGAAAACUUACUUUUACUUUUUCUAGCCGUGGUAAAACUUUCAGAAAAUUACGCAAUUUUUGAGCUAUUUAUAGACAUUUAAAUUUUGCAAGUUUUUUACCCAAUUUUUAUUUGGUAGGUACUCCAUAGAGAAACUGUUAGACUUAAUAGAAAUACUUGAAAACUGUAUAGGAAGUUUAUUAUAAGUCGUACUUAGUGGUAAAAAAUAUUUAGCUUUAAAAUCAAAUUUUAACGAAAAUCGUAAAUAUUACGGCCUUUCAAAACAUGUACAGCCGAACUUUGCUCCGAAACGUUUUCGUUAUCUUUGGUUACAGGUAUAAAUUAAAUAACUUUGUGUAUCUCUCCUUCACCACUACCCACCCAGGCCGCACCCAUACUCAGUAUCAGCUCUUUUUUGUUUUACAGUUUAAAUUAUAACUUAUUAAUAUCGAUUAUAAUAUAAUAUCAUUAUUAUAAAAAAUCAAAACUUUGAAGCGAGAAAUAAUUAAAUACAUAAAAAUAAGUAAAUCAUUUUUAUAUCGUAUUGUUGUUUAUCGCUAAAAAUGUUUAAAAAUAAAAACGUCAAAAUAAUUUGCGAAAUCAAUUUUCAUUCCGGAACUUGUUAUAAUAUAAGUCUAUAUUCUAUACUUCUAUAGAAUUCUUCAAAUUUGUAGCUGACUUGGCAAUAUUAUUAUUUAUUUUUUUUGUAAUUUUAAGUAUCUAGGUACAAUCUUUCUCUGUGUUCUUUCGUUGAUUUGUUUCCCCCAAUAACAUAAACGAUGAAUAAGUACACGUUACUGUUGGUCAGUUGUUGGGUUUUUACGCCAGUUUUCAAAAUUGUACCGUAAAAUCAACGGUAUAAGAUUUUGAAAAAAAAAAUUUUUUGAGUGAACUGUUUGUGGUAAAAAGUAAUCUACUCAAUUGGUUCUUCUGUUUUUUUUUUUUACUUGUGACAAAUUCGACUAUUCUAAAAAUGUUUCCGUUCCAAUCACCCGCUUGUUCCUUUUGUAUUGGUAAACCCGACGCUCUUAUCGUCAAUAUCAAGAUACGUUAUUAUUAUAAUUUUUUUUUUUUCAAUAACAAAACUUUUAAUUAAGUAAUGACGAAUUUGCGUUUCGAUAUUCACAGUACAAUCACCUAGUUUCGUCGUAUGCUAGCCGGACAUUAUAUUAUUAUCUGUAUCAUGAAAUGAUAAUAUAAUGUCGAGUCGGAAUAAUCGUUGAAAAUAGUGUAAAAUAGAACAAUUCCAUUAAUAACGUCGCACUAUACUCUACCAGGAAUAUAUACAACCUGAGGAAGUAAAUACACGGUUUCUUCUGUAAUUUUUGAAAUUUCUAAAUUUUAAAGAAUUUUUUUUUUUUCACGAAAUUGGCGUUUUCCUAUAGGAUAUUGUAACCUACCUGUAUAUACCAAAGAUAUGCAUAUUAUAUGGGUACCUGUAUCGACCAACCAACAAUUCUGGGUAAAACGUAACGAGCGCAUUUGCUCUAAAAUAUCACGGGUCCUCUUAGGUUAUUUAUAAUUUAUAAUAAUAUAUUAUUACACGGUGUUCGAAUCGGUUAAUAAAUAAUAAUAAUAAUAGGAAAAAUAAAAAAAAAAUUUAACAAAAUCACAAUAAAUGUUAUGAUAAUUAUCUAAUUAUUACGAAUCAUUAUCAUAUAUUGUAUUUUUCUCGCUAUUGAUGUGUAUGCGUGUAAUUUUAUGUGUGUGUGUGUGUGUGUGUGUGUGUACCUAUAUAUUAUUAUAAUAAUAUCGAAACUGCUCUGAAAUCGCGGCGUAUAAUAUAAUAAUGUGCCGUAGAACUCGAAAAAGAAGAACGAAUUAAAAGUGCUUGCUUAAUAUUGUUUUUUUUCCCCGUCUUCUUCUGCAUAAUUCACUUUGAUUACGAUAUUUAGACAGUCAAAAGCAUAAAAUAUAUAUUAUAAAUACGUAUAAUAUAUUAUAACGAAUUAUAUACACUAUUAUACUUACUAAUUUUGUAUUUUCUCAAAAUCAAUAAGUAGAUAAGAGAAUAAUAUACACACUUACGAUUAAUAUUAUAUAUUUUGAAAAUCGUGUUCGUUAUUGAUAAGACGUCUGUGUUCGUUAUUAUUUUCCGUUUCCAAUAAUUUUAUACAUUGAUACUGUACUUGUAUACAACCCAUAUAUUAUUAUUCACCGUUCGCCCCUAAAAAACCGAUUAUACCUUUUUGUCAUUUUCUUUUUCCUAUACUUACAACCAUCGUCAUUGAUUUUCUCCGGGGCAUUGCAUAGUUCGAUGUAAUGAGAUUGCGGGACAUCGUUUAUAUUAUAUUUCUGUGCCGUACAAUAUAAAUUUCCGAUUUCCCAUUAAACACGCUUUGUUUGAUUUUCCGCCCUCUUUUACGACGACGUCAUAAUACCUAUUUGGAACAAUCGGUCUCCGAUAAUGUCGCCCCGAUUAUAUAAAAACGCCGUACGCUCGGUACAUUAUUCAGCUUUAUACGUAUCGGCUAUCGACUGUUAUUAAAAAAAAAAAAAAAUUGUAAAAAAAACCCUUGCCUCGAAAACUAAAGAAUUCGUAUUGUUUAUUUUAUUUUAUCGCGCGAUUUUGGACUUUCCCGCUCGCGCGUUCAUUCGGACGAAUGAUAAUAUAAUCUCCCCGUUAUUGUAAGUUUGGGUUUUUUCGCCUUUCUACUCUAUUUCCACCGUAUACGAGUCCGUUACAGUUGCAUUUUGCCGUUUUUGGCUUUCUAAAUGGCUAACAAAAUCGGUUGUUUUUUUUUUGUUUCUGAUAAAACACUAUAACCGAACUGAUAACAUGUCGCUGCUCGUAAUAACUCGUUCGUUUGACAAUAUUUUAGAAAAAAAAUUAUCGAUUAUAUUCUCCUCUUUAAAUUUUGUUGGCUGUGCUUAAAGUUUUAAACUAACUUAACAUCCACCUAAACGGCAAAAGUUUAGUUCUAAGUUUGGCACUUAAUUUUGCUUUCUUGUCCGUUAGUUGGGUCGAGAAAAUAAAUGCGGGUAUCAUGUCCUCUAAAAUCUUAAUCUUUAGUCUUUACCGUAUUUCUACGUAUUUUUACCGUACUUUCUCUUCUCGUUUCUAUAUACCGACUUUGUAUCCUUACAUUGUUUUCGUUAUUUAAUUCUUUUAAUUUUGCUAUUUUGUUCUCUUAUUCGUUUAAAUUUUGAUGAUUGCCAAUAAAAUCGGUAAGUAUUUUAAAAAUAAAAAAAAAACAAAAAUUGUUGAUUUGUAAAGUGAAUAAAGUAUUCAAUUUGUUUUCAGUUACCUACUUUUUAUUUUAACUUGUACCUACUGAGAUAUAUUAUUGCGGUUAUUCUUUGAAAAAUAAAAACGGUUAAUAAAGCGGAAAUAUUGUUUUACGUGAGUUCGACAGUUGAUCUGAUAUUUAGGUGACCUAUCUACAUAAUAGUAUAAUAAUGUCUGUGGUCGACAUCUCUCUUUAUAUUGUAAUAUUUCUUGAAAACCAUUAUUUUUGUUUCGUUUGUCAGUACUGCAGUUAUAGAAAAUUGCACUAUUAUUUUAUACUUACGUCUAAAAAGUGUAGCUUGGAGCCGGAAGAGAGGCGGCUCGAAGAAAAAGUAGAGGAUUAUUUAAGGAGGAUUUCAGGGAGAUAUAAGGGCAUUAUAUGGCGAGUAUAUUAUGAAAUAUUUUUUACGGAUCGGAAGAUAUGGAGGACGAGAAUCAGAGACGAAUGCCAAAAAGAAAAGAAAAACAAAACGAUUUUACAGGUAGAGGUUUACGUCCGACUGUCAAUGUUAGAUUACAUUUUUUUUACGUUCGUUAAACAUUUAAAAUUUGUAAUAUUAUUAACGUGUUUGUAUAAUAAAAUAUUGUAAAUCUUAACGUAAUUUAAAAUCGGGUUUACGGUGUGAAAACAUACAUUUCCAUUCACUAAAAAUUCACCUAUUAUUGAUGUUAGGCAUCGUUUGGACUAAAAUAAUAAUACUAUUAUACUACGAGUAAAUAUUUCAAAUUAUUCAUAUUCCCAUCGUAAUUUAUACAAUUCAUAAAACAUAUCAUAUUAUAGAAUUUUUACGUAUUUAAUAAUCCUGUUUAUAAUGGCGUAAACUUAAAAUCCUGUACCUACUUAUUAUACUGAAUAAAAUACUAGUAUUUUUUGAUAAUCGCGUUUAUCUCCUGGACGCCUGUAGUAUUCAAUGGAAAAGUACCGAUGCCCGUAUAUUAUUCAUCAUAGGCGUAUGUAUUAAAUUACAACAAAAAAAAAAAAAACCAUGCGAUUAGUAACGUUCAACUAGGUAUUACAUAGUAAACGAUCGAGCGGUAGCAGAGUUGAGUUAACACGCGCAGUUAACGUUUAUUAUAUAGGUAAUUUAAUCUUUAUCGAAAUCCUAUAGUCUUGUCCUUGUGUAUACUAUGUGAUGUAAUAAUAAUAUAAUUGAAUAAUAAAGUGCGCACUGUAAAAUAUAUUUGUAAAUUACGUAUAGCGAGCGUCAGUUUUUAUUUCUAUCGAUAUUUUUUAUCCCGGAUAUUUCUUUCGAUAUACCAUCAUUACGUUUCAUCUGAAUGAAUUCAUUUUAAAUUUAAAUAAUUUUACAUACGCGUCAUAAACACAAACUCGACUGAAAUAGCGACAAUAUUUCACGUUAUAAAAAAGAGAAUUGUUAAAAAUAAAACAAAAAACAAAUUUUAUAUAGUACAAUAACAAUCUUUUGUCGGUCUACAUACUGUAAUAUUGUUUUUUUUUUUUUUUUUUUAAUGAGUUCAAUAUUAAUACAUAGUAUACGUUUAAUAUCAUACUAAUGUUCUAUAUAUUCUUGUUGUAAUGUGUAUAAAGUAUUGGUGGUCUAGUUUUUUAAUUACGUUUUGUUACAAACAUCAAUUAUACGUAUACAACUACCUACAAUUCUACACAUUAAAUAAUUUAAAUAGUUACAGUACGUAUACGGUGUGUUUAAAAAAAAAACUGACUAUAUAUAGGUAUGUAUAGACGUACAGUAGUGAACUGUUCACUGUGCUGGUUUGAGUUGAAAAAUAACAAUACAAAAAUUUGACUUAGAAAAAAAAAAAAAUGUAAAAUUAUACUCGUAUGUCAACUAGGUAUUUGUUUAUAUUAAGUAUAGAACAAUAAUUGUUUUGUUUCACAACACGUUACCUGUUUUUGAAGGGUUUCGCUUUUCAUAUUUGAAAUUGCAUUUCUACAAAAAAAAAAAAUUAAAAAUAACAAUCUUUCGAACAGUGGCGUAUGAGACGCAAGAGAUGACUUCAAGGGAGGGGAGGAGAGGCAGCAAGUCUCUGAGGAUUAUCUGCAAGGAUCAACAAUAGAAUUUGAAUUUUUAUUAAAAUCUAAAAUCAGUCUAUUAUUUUAGAUUCCGAGCGUAGCGAGGGGCUAUUGGUUUUACUAAGAAGCUUAUUUCCAUUUUUUCUUUGUUUUAGUCUGUGGACACGUUUUUCCUUAGUAAACUGGUUCCGAUUUUUACAUGUAGCAACUUUUCUAAAAUUUCAAGUUAUCUAGAUGGUACUUAAAAAAGUAAUUUUUUAGAUUUUCGAAGCUAUUUUUAAAUAAAAGCACUUAAGUAGGAAAAAACAUAGGAAAACGUACAAUUUCACGAUUUCUUUGUUUUAUAAAAAUACGGACGACGUUUUCUACCAGAAAAAAUGAUUUAAUUUAAAAAUUAUAAGAUACCUUUUUUGUUGCCUUUUUGAUUUACUUUCUUACGGUAUCAGCUACGGUACGCUAUCGGCAAAAAUUUUGAGCCACUUUUGAUUUUUUAAGUAAUUUUAAUUUUUGGGAGUUUUUUUGCUGUAAUUCGGUUAUAAAUACAUGUAGAGACUUGAAACAUAAUAAUAAUACUUAUGUUGGACUUACUUAGACGUGGUAAAAUGUCUUAAAUGAUCGCACAACUUUUUUUUUUAAUAAGUGUUUUAAAAUCAAAGUUAAAUGAAAAUCGCAAAAAAAAUUACGGCACUUCAAAUUAUGUAUUACCGAACUGAACUCGGAAUCGUCUUUCGCCAACCAAUAAUUUAUCAUUGCUUACAGAUAUGAAUGAAAUAACCUUAAGUAUCCUACUUUCUUCUACUUUUCACCUACAACUGUGGCCGCUCCCAUUCCCGGUAUCAGCUUUUAAUUUUUGUCAAUAGUACAAUACAGACUCCUUUAACUUCUGAUUUCCGAUGUUAGUAUCGGCUUUUAUAGUCAAAAAAAGUUUGGCGAUGUAAGUUUUUCGAUGUAGUAUUUGUGUAUAAAUUAUUAAAUGGUAACAUAGAUUGUCCUUAAUUUUUAUCUCUAAUUGGAUUUUAUGUUUCUGAAAUAAUGUUUUUAUCUCCCUUCCAUUUUUAAAAAUUACAUUGAUAGUUCUCCAAUUACUCUCUAUUUAAGCCCUUGUGGCCCGUUAAACUAUUAAAUUAAUUAAUUAACGAAUAAAUAUUAUGAAAUAGUUCAUUUAAUUAUGUGUAGUAUUAAUGCAAAUCUUAUACUUCUAAUGGUUUAAUAAUCAAAUUAAAAAAAAAAAAAAAAAAAAAUGGAUUUUGAGAAACCAAAAGACUCUUUUGUAAAGAGAAAACCUACCUGUAAUCGGUUAUGUUAUCAGUUGCUUAGAGUUCAGUAUUUGUGUAUUCUAGCCUAAAAAAUGUUUAUCGUAUUUUAAUCGCAUGUGUUUAUGCAUCAUCAUUUUAAAAAAAAGCCACAGACAUCAAAUGCCCAUACUUCACUUCCCCCUCGUGUAUACGUCUCUGAUAUUAUCCGUAAUAAUUUUGUAAUUGAAAAGACCUUGACACAACAACCGGAUAACUCUUAAUUUCGAAAUUGUUUUCGGGAACUAAAAAAAAAAAUUUCAUUUAUUGCACCGGUAUAUUUUGUUCGUCAGAAGCAUAUUUUUAUAAUUGUUAUCAAAUUCUAUGUAUUGUAUUGGAUUUAUCAUCAUCUGAUACUUGUACCGAUAUAUUCUAAAACCAGAGAACUUCAAAUUAUACGCUCAUUACGAGUAUAAUAUUCGUAUACCUAUUGGAAUUAUAUCCGAUUGCCACAAUAUCAAAUAGUGAAUUUUACCGAAAAUAAGGGAGUUAUAUCUGCUUGUGUUGCGCCAAGGUCUUCAAUAAUAUUAUUGUUUGAUUUACUGGGAAUUUAUGAUUAUAUAAUAAAACUUACCAAUUGUUUUACAUUUUUUAAUUAGGUACCGCAAUUUGUUGUUUGUUCUCUCGGCAUAUUACUUUUUCAUAAUAAUAAUAAUUUCAAUGACACAUUUUUCAUUCGUCGGUAAUAAAUAGUAAUAAUAACAAUAAAAAACGCAUUUGAUGUUGUCUUUAGACUGCAGUUAGGCACUGUCAUUCAUGAAAGUAAAGUGGUUUUUAUUAUCAAUAUAAUAAUCUUUGGCGUAACGUAACUCGUCGUCGACACAUAAAUAAUAUUAUUACUCAUUGAUUCAUCAACUGUUUCCGUUCUAGAAAUAUUGUAUACGCAAAAUCAUGACGAAAUCGCAAUAAUAAUUGUGACGUACAAUAAUAAUAAUAAUAAACUCAUCGCAAAACUCGCCUAAUGAUUUUGAAUUAACGAUUAUGUAUUCUUAUAUAGUAUACAUAUUUUUUUUUUUAAUGAAUUAUGACGUUCAGUAGGAUAGGUAUCAGCAAUUGUAACCGGUAUAUUAUAGCCUAUACGAUAUAUAUUUUUUUUCUACCAACCUGUACCAUGCAAAAAAAAAUAAAAUACGGUUUAAAUGUUUGAAUAACAAAAAAUGAUAUAACAAUUUUCUCUCUUCUUUUAGCCCCUCCCAAGUUCGGGAGUGUUUUUCUUCCCCUCACCCCCUGGAUAUAUAAUAUAGGUAAUAAAUACAAUAAAAUAAUGUAAGUACACGUUGCUAUUAUCUGAUUAGAAUUGCUUUUUUUUAUUGAUAUUAUGACGUUCAAUUGUCUGAGUGACAGUUGACAGUCUCGAGACUGGGACGGGGCUGUGAUUGGUUCAAGAUUGUUGUUGAAAUUUACUAAAGUGACUGGGAAAUUUUCUGCUACAAAAUCUAUUCGACUCCACCAUUCAGACGUAGGGCAGAGGUUAGACAAUGUGCUUGCCAUAGGUGCGGGGUACUCAACGAUCGCCAGCUGGGCACCGAGGUCAUUUCGAUUUUGUAAGGAUGAAAAUUAUAUGAACUUACGAAUGCAUAACAUUCUUUGCAUUGGGUAUUUAGGGUUAUGAUGUUGACGAACUAAAAAUAACGAAAUAAAUAUUCAGUUGUUAUGUACUGACAAAUAGCUAUUAGUAAGUACGCACGGAGAAAUUUGAAAAUAUGUAUUACAAAUUAUGUGUACUUAUUUUAAUUAUCUAAUGAAAAUUAAAUAGGCGUUAUUAAAAAAAAAAAAAUUUACACUAUAUAUAUAUAAGAUCUAAAUAAAUAUUUUAAGCAUUCGAGUUGCAUUGAGCUACAAUAGUUUUGUUUUAAAUGUUCAAUUGUGUAUAUCUGUGUCUAUUUGGUGCUAUAGUACUAGUUCCUGAAUUUAUUAAUCAUAAAAUAUUUAUUUAAAAAAAAUAAGGUAUUUAUAUGAAUACGAAUAGAUAAUAAUACUUAUCGAAAUGAAAUUCAGAUGAUUAAGGUUUCUGUUAUUAUUGAAUACUUUGUACCGAAAACCGUUAAAUAAGUCUUGAAAAAUGAAAAACGCCAAAUUAUGUAAAAUAUCGGAAAAUAUUCAAAAUACAAUUUUCAUAUUUAAAUAUAGACGUCAUGAAACGAAUUUCCAUGUGAAAAUCCGUAAUAGUAUAACCUGAAGAAAAUAAAAACCACGUAAAUUUAUAAAUAUUAUUCUAACGCUAUUUUAUAUUACAUACCGAGACACGACUGAAAUACUUUUCGAUAAAUUCAAAAACAAAAAUAUAAAUUAUACUGUAAAAUCAAAUCUGAUUAAAAAACACCCCGAUAUUUAUACAAUAAUUCACGAAACUAUAUAUCAAUCGACCAACAGACAUAUGUUUUCUGUCCGGUGUUUCGAAUUAAAUACAAAUUAAAAAAAAAAAGAAAUCAUAUGACGCACCCGUUAUACCGUUGCAGCUAUUUAAAUAUAGUUUGUACAUUAAAAAAAAUAUAUAUAUAAUACAUAUAAUUAAAAAUAACUAUUAAAUAAACGGUUUAUGUUUACGGCUGUUUACAUUCGAAAUCAUCCGGCAUAAACUCUAAACCCACCCUGACCACGGAUAUGUGUAUUUAAAAGCUAAUUUUUUUGUGUAGGUACCUAUUCCAAAAGGAAAAUAUCUGUAAAACCGAUUUGGAUUUCUUGUUGGAGUGUUGCAGUCAGUUGUAUAUUAUAUUAUUCGUUCAUUUAUUAAUUUUGUAAAAUUAUCGUACUCGAACAAACUAUUAUUUCUUUUUCCACUUGUUUAUAUUAUUUAUUAUUCAUUUUCCAGUUCCUGUCAAAUAAUAUAAUAUUAUAUUAUAAGUGGAUUAAAACGCAUUCGGAGAAUUAAUAAUAUUGUGUAAUGCAUUUCUUUUGGUAUUCGCCCGUUAUGCUCAUUCAUAGGAAUUGUUUCAUUAUUUUAAUAUUUAAGUAUCAAUCAGACUAUACAGUCAGGGUUAUCGCUACCUACGCUUUAACACUAUUCUCACUUUUUCUUAAUAUGCUCACUUCUUAAUAACACUCACUUUUUUUACUUUUUUAAAUUUCUUUAAACAUAAAAACUAUUUAAAUUAUUUAAUCGAGAUUUUAGAUUCUGAAUGAAGCGAGGGAUAUGUUGGUUUUAUUGUGAUGUGUUUUUUUGUCUGGUCUUUAUUGUAAAUUAAACACACUUUUCCCAUUUUUUUAAAAAAAGAAAAUGAGUAGCAAUUCUGUAGUACUAUCUAAGUACUAUGUAUUUUUGAGAUAAUGAUAUACGCGUAUACAACUUAUUGUAAAUUAAUAUGAUAUGUAAACUAUUCCGCAAUGUUUAUUCAAUAAUCUGAUGACGGCGUAAAGCCGAAACUUAAUAGUUAUAAAAUCAAAUUUUUGUUUACACUUCUAAAGUCAAUAGUCAAAAUGUUUUAAGCAAUUUGUUUUCCUAGCAUAAAUAGUAUACAAUUUUCUAAUUUGUAUUCAAUUUAAACACAAUUUAUAAUGAUCUCAAAUAAGAUUGAUAAAAAAAAAAAAUGUAAAUAUUAAUAUUUAUGUAUUAGCAAUUUUUAAUUAGUGUAUUUUUCUUACUAUCAAAUAGAAGAUAAUGCGUACAAAGUAAAAAAAAAAGAUUUGGAAUAACGAACUAAGGUAUAGUUUAUAUUAGUUAGAUACAAGUAUAACUAGUUAUAACAAUAUAAUAUGAUAAAUUAACAACCGUUUUGUUAAUAAUUUAUACUAUUUACAAUUUUAUAUCAUGUACUUAUUUUAUAUACUAUACGUUAUAACCUUCACAUAUUUUAUACUUACUCUUAUAGUAAUCAAACAAUAUUAAUGACAACAUACUAGACAAAUUAAUUAAAUUUGAACAUUAUCUAAACAAAAAAAAAAAAAAAAAAACGUUAUUAAUUUGUAGUCGUUUUUAAUACCUUAUCUACCUAACCGGAAAUAUUGAAGGAGUCCCAAAUUAUCAAACUAAUAUUAUAUUGGCUCGUAUGGAGUCCCUUUAGCCUUUUAUCCGGGAGUAGCCGUGAGUCUCCUCCAAAAAAAUAUGUCUGCUUGUUUGUUGUAUUGCUAUGCGAUCGUUUAUUUUUAACGGCUUCUCGAAAUUAAUCAUCUAUACUAAUAAGGUACUGGUUGUCCCGCGCGGCUUUAACAGUAUUGAACGGUAAAAAUUAAUAACGCUGGGACUUUUAUCCAUUUCCACCCGCGUUUUUAUCACCGUUAACUGUUAUUGUCGAGUAAUUUUUUUUUUUUUUUAAAGCGUACUUUUUUGCCUUUGAAAAUCAAAUUAAUUAUAGAUUUUUUUUUCGUCCGUAUCACCAAGGUGAUAAACAACAUAAACAACGAAAAUAAUUCGAUUUUAGAUAUCGAAAAUCCUGUAUGAGCUAUCCUUAAAUAGUUGAAUUCCAGAUAUCCGACUUCAAGGUGCACACACGCUCAUUUAACCGCUUUUGUAGAAAGAAACACUUAUUUUUAUCGAUGUAAUCGAUGAAGUUGUUGGUAAAAGUGUAAAAGUUCAAAUUGGUAAAUCUUAGAUUCUGAGUGUAAUAUAACAACUUUAUUACUUUAUUACGGGCUGUCCACCUGGUGGGUUGCCAAAAGACACAGUAUACAUAUUCAAUAUUGAUAUAAGCUAAUAGUUUCACAAAAUUGUAGACUUUUUUUCCAAGGAAAACCCUUAUGCAGCGGUUAACAAAAAUAUUCAGAUUUACCUAAAAUACGCGUGAUUCCCGCCCGGGAGUUACAUAAAACAUUUUUUGAAAUUGACAAUAGUUUGUAAUAUAGCUUAGGUCUUUUUUUCAGGAAAACACAUUUCUGGUUAGAAAAAACGAUUAAUUUGCACCGUAACUUAAAAGAUGUGAAUUGUUUGCCCGCAAUACUUUAUUCGAAAAAAAGUCUGGAUUUCGAACAUUAAAACAGACAUUAUAAUGUAUCGGUUUUACUUUUAUUGAUUUUUUGGGUUCUCAGAAUCGUUUUUUGAUUGCAAUAAUUUACGAGACCCAUGGUACGAAAUACGUCUCGUUUUUAUACUCGGCAGUCCGUUUUCGGGAAAUUUUUGUUUUCCAAUGGUUUUUUAGAUCCAGAAUAAAAUAACGGGGAGGGUGGAAUAUUUUGAAAAUUAAUGUAAUAAAGCACACAAUUAUCAUGCAAAUCAAGCUCAGAAUAUAUAAUGAGGGUAAGAGUAUAUUUGGCUACACGAACAGGGAUGGGGAUUACCCUGACUGAAUCUAUUACUGAUUGCGCACGCUUAUGACUACUACCUAUAUAAUUUAAGCACGUCGUCGACUAGCAUAAAACCGUUUCAAUACCCCGGGCUAUAGAAACAAUGCGUGUAAUUACGAGUGAAAACUUUCGAGAAUAAUUUGAUAACUAUUUUUAGUCGAUGCCUAUUUAAAGCACCCGUCACCGAUCGAUAUAAUAUUGUAUAUAGUUGGAAAAUAUAAAAAAAAAAAGGACGGACAUACUUCGCACGUAGAUGGGAAGUUGGGGAGGUAGGAUACAGACGAGAAUUUAAUGUAUAUCUGUAAGCAACGAUAAACCAUUGCUAACGAAAAACGAUUUUGAGCGGAGUUCAGUUGAUAAUGUCAUGCUUUUCAAAAACGUAUAGCUAUGUCAUAUUAAAUGAUUAAAACAAUAUGUGUUUCCAUGACAACAAUGAUUUUUUAAAAAAGAUUUAAAAUUAUGAAAACUUAAUAAUUACAAAAAAUAAAUAAAAGCGGUUGUCUAUGACAACCUUAUUUUUAAUCUAAAGACCGAGGUUUUCCUCGUUAUUUCGAAUAUUAAUGAGAACUUCAAAAAAUGACCCCUUUAAAGUAUCAUCCAGCGAACAUUUCCUCUCAGAAAAGGUGCUAUACUCGAUGGAGUAUGCCUUCCGGUAGAAAGCGUACUCGCUACACUCAGAGUCUAAAAUCUAAUCUCUUGACGACUCGGUAUUCGAACGUCGUACGCGGUACACAUAGUAAUUAUUAUUAUCGGACAUUAAUUUCAACCGUACCCGAAAAUUAGUCCGGGACACUAGGCUGCUGGCCGCAGAGAACUUUGGCCGUUUUAUAAUAUUUCGUUCGUCACAAUAACAUUACGAGAUUGUUAUGCUUCGUCGUGAAAAUAGCUGUAUUUGCAUUUUUUUUUUUUUUUUUUUUUCCAUUGAUAUUUCCCCAUACGCGUCCGUCGGUCAACUGCCGUUUUAUAUAUAUUUACCGCGGCGUAUAAUGAUUACAUCGAAUAUAUUAUAAUUAACCGCGGUUCGUGGUAAACGGUUUUACGGAAUUCGCUCGAGUACGUAUACCAUUAUGAAUACAAUGUGCUAUAACAUUAUAAGUAUAUAUGUGUGUGUGUUUUUUUUUUUUUUUUUUUUUGAAAACCCUACAACACUAACGAAUAAAUAAUUGACGAAUUCAUAGAAAAAUAUUAUUAUUAUGACUUUUUUUUUUUUUCUACGGUUUAUUCAUAUUAUAUAUUCAUCGUACACUAUUUUCAUACACGACAUAUUACGUACUGUGUUAUUAUAUUAUAGACGACUUUAGUGCGUAUAAGUAUAUUAUUAGGUAUAUUGUCGGUUUUCUGUGACGGUUUUUUUUUUUCUUUCUUUCUACUAAAUAUUACCACCGCUUCCCGGUAUUCGGUCCGACCGCAUAUUUUUCGACCGACAAUCGGGUUUUUUCUUUCUUUUUUUUUUUUUUUUUAUGGACGUUUUCCAAAAUAUAUAAGUAAAUCGUAUUCCCCGAUCGACCGAAACUUUUAUGGCUAUCGCUCCGGCCUCUCGAAUACCUCGCCGCCGUAGCGCGCACAAAAGCAAUUAUGAUUUUAUUUUUUUAUUUUCCUUGUAGGCAUCGUGCGACAAACGUCCGCCAAGUUAAUUUACGAUUUGAUAUAGAAGGGUUUUACAUGUACGUAUGCACAUAUAUAUAUAGUUCCACGUAACAAUAAAAAAAAAAAAAUUAUAAUACAAUAUUCGUUUUUUUAUUAUUAUUUUUUUUUUCGAAUGGUAGUUACCACACGUUUGUCACGUUUAUAGCAUACACACACACAUACACAUAUAUAUAUAUAUAUAUUGUAUUGUGUUAUGUACCUAGAGUAAACCUAUUUGAUAUAAAUCGUAAUUUACUUAGUUAUUAUUUAUUCAAAAUUAAUCUUUUUUUAUUAUUUUUUUUUUUUUUUUUUUUUUUUUUACUUGGUAUAGAUAUUGUGCAUACUAUUCUGUUGUCACAUAUUAAUGAGAAAAAUACGAGUGAAAAUCGCAAGUAUUGAUAUUUAUCUAUGUAAAAAUACACAACACAUUUUCAAUCGAAACAGAAACACCGCGAUCAUUAAAUUGUAUUUAAAUUGAGCAUGGAAUACCGAGAAAUUGUGUAUACGUUAAUUGCAAUAUACGUUUUUUACGCUAGAUAUAGGUGCGUUUUAUACGCGUUUAUUAUUGAGUGAAAACAAACUGAAUGGAUGUAAUUAUUUUUACGAUAUGGUAGGUACUCAUUAGCAAGUAUUCAAAAUGCCGUACAGAUUGUAAACUUUAUACCAUGUUGUUAAUGAAUAUCGAAAUAAACUGAUAACGUAAUAUAAUUCGAAAUUUACUUAAUAUUUUUUUUUUACAUUCUUUAACGCUGGUAUUUGAUAGUAUACGUCGUUACAAAAAUAUGUCACGCUAAUCAAGCAAUGGCGCCCAAACAUUUCCUGCUAUUACCAACCGCCCAAAUAAUUUUCGGAUCAAAAAGAUGUGGCUAUAGUAUUUUUUUUUUUCUAGCCAUUUUUGACUCUAGGCACACGUGAUUUUGAUAGAAUUGCGUAGGACGCUUUGGUCGUAAAUUUGUAACUAUUAUUAUUAUUUUCAUUUUUUUUGUAACAAAUAUGAUAUAGGUUCAAAUAAAUUGGAUUUGGUUUUAAAAUAAAAUGUCGUUUAGACAGCAACAAAAAACGUUUUGAAAGAAAAUAAUACAAACAUCCUUCAGUAUCUGAAGCAGAUUCAUUGGCACUCGUUUAUUCUCGAAUAUUUUAAAAUUCUUCUAUAAAUGUACCGAGUACAAUGUAUAGUAUUGACUUAUGCGAUAUCCACUUACUGGUAAAUACUCUUUUUUUAAACACCGAAUUACAUUUUUUUUUUUUAUUCCUGCUCAAAUAUACUACAUUUCGGAACAUACUAUACUCGAGCAAUAUACUAACAAUACUGUAAUACCGUAUAUCUAUUUGUAUUUUGAUCGAAUUUCAUUUAUCAUUUUAUUUAUUUCUUUAAUAUCUUAUUUGUUUGAUGCCAUAUAUCUAUAGAAUUAUUUCUAAUUUCCAAAUGAUUUCUAAAUAAUUACAUUUACAUAUUUUAUUGUAACCUAUAGGCACCUUGAUAACUUGAAAAUUAUCAAUAUACAUACAUUUUACAUACAUCGUUUACUCACCCACUGCCUCUGAGCACCCACUUGGUAAGCGGUGUGCGCGCGUGCCACUCUAUAAAUCAUAAAUGUAUUGGUGGUCCAAGAAUUCAGUAUACGGGCACCACCAAUAAAAUAGUCUUUUUGAUUAUUUUAUUACCAUGGUUUGCUGUUACACAGCAUCCUUUUAUCCUGCUGUUUAUUCUGAACCUGUACCACUGCAGCAACGUACGUAUAUUAUAUGUAUUGAUUAAAGUUCCUAAGAAACGCGGUUCUAAGGUAUACGACGACAACGAAUAUAAUAUUACGACGUCGGUUAUAGAUACGAGAUGUAUAAUAUUAUAAUAUUAUAUUGUAGGUAUAUUGCAAAUCCCUUUUUAGGAUAAGUAGAGAAUAAAUAUGUAAUACUGCAAAUUCAAAAUUUUAAGCGAAGCUUAUAAUAUUCAUGUUGUAAUAAAUAUAUCUCGUUUUUAAGACGUAUGUAUUUUUCAGAAAAAAAAAAAAUGUAUUACUGUUGGCUUAUACCGAAGCUUGCAAAUUGUAUUAUUACUGUUAUAUACUUAUAUUAAUAUCGUUUGGAUGUAACAUUAAAAGAAGUUGAUGUUUAGAGCUAUACAGGGUGUCCUACCGUGCACUACAUGUAUUUUUUAUACGCUAUAGUGAGUAAACUCCUUAGAACAUAUUCGUUACCUAUAUUACCCAUAUCGAAGUACUCAAGUGAUUGUAGAUAAAAGAAAAAAAAAUAAAAUUCAUUAGUAUUAUUUAUUUUUUAAUCCAGUAAUACCUAUAAAGAUAUAAUAUUUUACUAUACACACCACACACGCUAUUGAUUAUUAUCUCGUAUAACAUAAUAUACGUGCCUAUAUUAAUAUUAUAAAACAUUUUCUCGGAAUCACGUUUCUGAAAGUCUUUAGCAAACGAAAAAUUAAACACUUUAUAAUACCUACGUUAUAAAGUAUUUUACUAGACCAUAUAGAAAUUCGUCCUUAAUCUAUUUAUUAUUAUUCUUAUUGUCAAGUUUUCCCCGAAAAUGGAGACUAUUGCGCUGUAUUGCUUCUCGUAUAUAUUUAUACACGAGACACGAGUAUAUACACUAUACAGGGCGAUCAACAAAUAACGAAAGGCAUUCAUUAUCUUGGUUAGGUUAGGUUCGACAUUUGUUUUUAAAACAUUUAAAAAACAGGCUACAGUUCUAGCAGCUCUAAAAUCUUACAUUCCCGUUAUUUCUUGUUAUCCUUAUUUGACAGUGUGAAACGUUUAUAUUAAAAAUGUCAUUAAUAGAUGACGUUUUAGUUUGCAUAAAUGUUGGUGUUGACUUUUUUAAUUUCAUUCAACUCAAUAACGAGAUAUUUCACUUUUAAAUUUAAGUAUUAUGAAUGGAGCUUUAUUUUGUGUGGUGACGUAGUCCUCGUUCAAAUUGUAUUCCACUAAUCUCCUGCUAUCCAUAAAACAGCAAACUUAAAGUUGGAAUGUUCCGUCUAUGAGUCAACGGUAAUUAAUAAUGUCAGUACCAAAAUGUUGAAUCAAAUAACAACCAUAACUAUUUUAGAUCCAUAAAAAAAAAAAAAAAAAUUAUUGUAACCACGGUGCAGUUCUUAUACAUAAAUGAAAUUGAAUGAAAUCAUUAUUAUUAUUAUGUCUUCCUUUUAGUAUUACACACUGUCUAAAUAAUACACGGUGAUCAACAUAACGUAAGACACGCGUCAUAUAUUAAUUCUUUUUGUAUAGCUAAAAGCUGAAAUAUUCGUCAAUGAAUUGAUAGAAAUCAAAAAUGGCAACACCAAUAUUUAUUUGAACUAAUACUUGAUUUAUUUAUAUUAUGGAAUUUUGAAUAUAAAUAUACAAAUAUAAAUAUGAACAUUUUAAUUUCAAAAAUUUACGCCUCCCCCCUCCCCAAAAAAAAUAAAAAAAUUGUUUUAGAUGUUUAUAAAUUAAAAAACUUUUGUUUUAUACGUUUUUCUCUAUUUUGUAUAUUUAUAGGAGAAAAUUGUUGUAACAUAAAAUUCUGAUCUCUAUAUAGGUUACUAUUUGAAAAUCAUAAGUGGAUACCUAGUAGUUUUACCCCCAAACACAAGGGUGACAAAAUAACGGAAAUGUAAUAUUUUAGAGCCGUUUACGCUUAGACAAUUGUUUUUGAAUUUUCUAAAAGCAAAUUUCGGACAAAGUUAAUAUUUUUUGAAACAAUGAACGCCUUGUGUUAUCUUGAUACAGUGGUUUUUUUUUUUGGUAGAUUGAGGCCUUUACACAUUUUAGACGGCCAAGUCACGAAUUUUACUUAAAACACUAUCAUUAGUACUAUAUAUUACUGCUAUUAUACGAACACAUGUGUCAAAAGUUCUUUUAACUUAACGAUGUCGACGGCACUGUGGGCGAGAGGGUGCGGAUUCAAAGAACAGCGUAAUAUAAUAAUAAUGCACAAAAUCCCUCAAUCCGUUUUACAGUCCAACGCCCCUGCAUAGAACUCAUCCAUUAUAACGGUUUUAAGUUUAUGGAUAUAAUAAUAAAUUUGUCACAAGAAUCCAUUAUAUAUAUACUACACUACUGCCCCGCGAAUAACAGGGGGAUGAUACAUCUGGCCGCAUGCUGCAUUUUUUUAAUUAUCUUAUUCCGCUUUCGUAUUUUUUAUUUCUAUUUUUUAAAUCCGUAUCCCCCCGGGAAAACACUUUUUCGCGGUCAAUUAAAACGUCCCGAAAUUAUCUGACGGAUUUAAUCGCGGCCGAUGGUGUAACGGUGGUACUUUAUUUGCAAAAUUGUUCUAAAAAUAAUUAAAUUAAAAUAAACCGACUACUAAUACGACGGUUUUAUUUUCGUUUAUUUUUGGGUUAACGUGUUGGCUAAAAAGGGGAGAAAAACACGACUAGUACCAACUUUACAUCUAACCUUAUAUUAUAAUGACAUUUUACCGACGAGCUCCGCUCUCAGAAACGUUUUUUUUUUUUUUUUAAUGCAUUUAUCAGUGCUUUCAGGGCGUAUAGAUGAAUAAUUAUCCUACAAUAUAAUUUUCAGGGACUAGACAUUUUUUUCUGGGUAGGCUCGAUGUUUUAUUUGGGUGGAAGAGAUUACUUACUAAUAAACAUUUUUGAUUUAAAAUGGUUGUUCUUUCUAAUAUCCAACUUUAAUAUUUGUACUACCUAAAACAAUCCAAAUAAAUCAGACCUACAUAAAAAUAAUAAUAAGGUUCUAUACUUAAACGAUGAAAAUGUUAGAGCAUAUAUUAUAUUGAACAAUUAUUUUGCCGUUUAAAAACGUUGUGGACGUUUAGACUAACGCGUCUAUAACUUUUUUAUAUCAUCAUUAUUUUGAUCAAAAUGUUGAUUCAUUUCGGAACGAAAUAUUAUGUUGUAGCACAAAAGGUACACGACAGUCAUAAAUUGUGAAUUUGAUUCAAUAAAAACCUAAAAAAAAUAAAACCCAUUUGAUUUCUUAUUAUUUGUGUGUUGAAAUUUCGGUAAUAUUCCAAAAAAACAGUGAAAUUUGAUCAUAAAAAUGGUUGGAGCGGACAUUUCAACAUUUCAACCUUUCACGUUUUCGCGCGGUUUUGUUAUUUUUUGCAACGGUUUUUAUAGUGCCACUAUCCGAAAUGCGCUUAAAAGUGUGUUUCGUCUCGAUUGAUUAUUAAUUAUUACGAAGCGUUCAGACUGGUAGUCCGACUGCAGAUUGGGUAAAAGUUUACAUUAAAUAAUGUCGGUACUGAAUUUCCAUUAAGCAUUCUACGAAAUUCGCUUUCUCCGCCGCGCACCGUUCGAUUGCAUUGCGCCGGUGUUCGGGCCACUGCGAACCGCACUCGUAAUCGUUAGGAGGCCGUCACUGUAGUGACAUUUGUAGUAUCUGUCUGCCUGAGCAAUAAAAAUGUAAAAAAAGGAAAACAAACGAAAUCGAGUUCGGAGAUGAUAAAACAUCGAUGCUCGUUAUAAAAUCUGUAGACGACGACGUUUUCCGAAGACAAACCUGUAUCGUCGACGUUUUGAAAAAUAUAACUCCAAACACGUUAUAUCGAACGCACGAAAAAUCGUAUUUUGUAUCUCCUCCCCUCCCCCCUCCCCGAAGAACUGCGCCCGUUUAAAUAUAAUUGAAAUAUUUCGGAAAAAAAUAACGCUGACGUGGGCGCUUUCGAAACACAGUGUUAUAGUAUGUAGGUGGUGUAGGAGGUACAGUCGUCUACGCGAUUGUUUAUUAAUAUAUAAUUUUUUUUUUUUUUAAUGGCCGUUUUUCCGAAAGUCUCUUCGUCUGUUUUGCACGCUCGCAAUGGUACACGUUUUCGUCCGCGGAACAGGGACAAACACGGCAAAUAAUAAUACAAUUUCUAAUAUAGACACCGCUUAAUAACAAACGUAUCAUUUAUCGUCGGUACCUACACUCUUCGAUUCAUUCGCCAUUUUUGCGUACGGUAGUUUAUUACACGCGCCUCGUACUUUCACCGUGAAAAAUCGUCGUAGUGUGGCGGGGGUUUUUUUUUCACGUUGUUUUCAUCAAUGAAACGCAUCGCCGUCACGAUAAUGAUAAUAAUAAUAUUAUUGUUGUCGUUCAGUCGUCGCGCGCGCGGACAUUCGUUUCUCGCGAAUAUAAUAAAUAAUUUUUUUUUUUUUCUAAGUCAAACAAGACGACGAGACUCUAAAACAAUCUGGCUGAUUUAAUCGCGAUUGUAUAAUACGCGCAGUAAUUAUAACUUUGCAAUGUACUUGCAAUGAUAGCGCGCGCAUACGAUUGCGAUCAUUAUAACAUUAUAAUACCGAAUGAAAAAAAAAAAAAAAAAUGAACAUUCCACGGCGCAACACGUCCGCGAUGUUCUGUGCGGCGCGCAGCGCGUCGAGAUAUAAAUAAAACGAUCGCGUUCGCUACCGUUCUACGAAUUACACAUUAGUCGUUUAGAUAAUUUAAUAGGAUUCGAUAAAAAAAAAAUUAAAAAAAUCCACUCGAACCGUCGGCGGUGGCCGCGGCGGUUCCGGGUUUGUUGUUUUAACCACGUAUAUAAGGAUUCUAUGAAUUCAUUUUUGUUUUCGUGCAACUCUCAAGUAGAUAUACAUUAUUAUUAUUACCUUGCUACUUAUAUAAUGUAUAUACAUUAUAAUACAGGGUGUAACCGGACUAUUUGACAUUUUCACAAUUUUCAAAACGCAUCCGUAUUAUAGAUCAGGGGCGGCGAAACCUUCCUUUUUUUGCUUUGGCAGAGAUCUACUAAGAAUACAACAUGUUUCCUUUGGCGAUCGACUCCUGUAAAAAAAAAAAAAAAAAUAUAAUUACUACUUACCCCUAUAAUGUGUAUACUUAAAUUAAACGUACCAAAAAUAAAAUUGGCCACGUAAACACUGUCGGAUUGUAUUACUCUCAUAAAGUCAUAACUGACUACAACAAUAUAUGACCCAAUGAGAUGAAAAUUAUCGGCUAUCGUCGUGAUUUAUUUACUGAAAUUGUAUAAAAAUAAUUUCUCAAUCUCGUAUUAUAGUAUAGUUGUGCUGGUAUUAGCACAACUAACGUCAUGAAAAUCGAUAAAAAAUCUAACACGACGAUUUGAUAAACAUAAUACUAAUUUAUUUUGGAACAAAACUUCGGCGUUACGAUUCACCGUAAUUUUCCAUGAUUAUUACCGGAGUUUACGAUAAUUUACAAAUUGUUUUCAUUGCCGUCGUUAUUAUACGUUAUUUGUAAGCCCCGUGAACAAUAAUUUUCUCAAAAUUCUGAUCUUCCAAAAUCGCAACACCGAAAUUUCUUUCGAAAUAUAUAUAUAUAUAUAUAAAAAAACGAUUUUUAGAUUCUCAAUGGAGCGAAGAAACUUAUAGCUUUACACAAAUCUUCAUUUAUUUAUUUUUUUUUUUUAUCUGUGCGCAAUUUUUAAAUUGAAAGUCAUGUGUAAUUUAGAUAGAGCCAUAAACCAAUUUUAUCCUUUAUUUGAUAUAUGUCAAUAUGGUAUGGGGUCCAACAAAUUUUUGCCCCCCUUUGAUGUUUUAUAAAAACCGAUUAAAACUUAUGUAGUAGUUUUUUCCAUAAACGUUUCAGGUUAAAAUUUUAACAAAACUACGACAUUUAAAAACACGUCUAACCAAACUUCACGCAGAAUCGUAUUUCGUCAGCAAUGAUUUAUCGUUGCGUGUAGAUAUAAAUUAAAUAACUUUGUGUAUCCUAUCCUCUCAACAUUUCCACCUACAACAAUUGCACGUCCAUCAGCAGUAUCGGCUGGUUUUGUUUGUGUUAUGAGUAUGAUAUUAACGAAAAAUUAUUAAUAAACAUGAAGUUAUUUAUAACUUACACGAUUGGCCGUACGACGGCCAAAGACGGAACAAUUAUUCUAGAUUUAAAAUAACUAUACUUGAAAUGUUCGAUGUUUUUUGUUUGAGUUUUGUGCGGAUAAAAAUUGUGCUAUUUAUUUUCAUCAGCGUGUUUCAAGUUUAAAUUUAUGUUAAAAUUCGUUGAAAAAAACGGGCAUUUAUGUUAUUUAUUUUAUGGUAACAAAUUGAUGAAAUUUUAAAUUUUAAUUUCUCAAAAUGUGUUCAGACUUACUCCAUUCAUAUCAGAUUUUAUUUGCAACGAUUAAUCGUUGUAUAACAUUGUAUAUUAUACUCCAAGGUACAUUACAUUUUUAAAUGGUCGGGUGGUUAGGUAAUUUUAAUAUGUGUACUGUACCCCGUGGUUAGAGUUGGAAAAUCUGCGAAGGGGGUUAUGUCUACCGAAAAUUGAGAGGCGUUUCCGAAAAGUAAUAAAACUCCACCGAGCUUUCUGGAAAAACCUAUCAUGGAUGCAAUACUUUUAACAUUUUUCUCUCGCACGCAUUUGUUCAUAAAAAAUAUUCUACCAAACUGCUCCCUCUCUGAAGUAUUGUCCUACGUAUAUGCCUGCUCAGUAAAAAUAUAGUAAACUAGAGUUGGAUUACGUAUUUAAUCUAAUAGGUAUUAAAGAAUUUAUUUUUAAUAAAACUUAUUCGAGUUUUUAAAAUGUCAUUAAAAUGUCUUAGUGUCGGUGUAACUAAAGCGUCCCCCUUUCGACUUUGAAAACAUAAACAAAAAUGGACUGAUAAUUUUAACAUUAAAAUAUAAGAAGGAGAGGUAUUUCAAUUUCGGUUCUCUCCGCUUUAACCGCGCGGUUUAAAAAGUCCGCCUCGCCACCGAAGGGUACACACGCGUGUAAUAAUAUGUUAUUACAAGGUACAGUUUAAAACGUCAACACACUCGCCCGGCGAAAAUUGCAAUGUACGCGCUGCAGCGGUAUCGGUCGGGAUCGCAAUGGCAAGUACGGUCUGCACCAAUAACGGUGCGUCGCACGGGAUAAUUUAGAGGAUCCGUGAAGGCCGGGACAAUUCGGCCGGUUUUUACAGACGAUUUACAGGGCGCGACGGCCUCCGGAGUUUUAUAAGCGGCGGUUUUUUACGGCCGGACAAAAAAUAUUGUAAUAUAAUUAAUGAGAUGCCUGUAAAAAUCACGUACGUCGGUUUUGUAAACGCGCGGCGCGAUUUGCCCUUGAGCAAGGUCCUCGGGACCCGCGACGACGGCGGCGGCUCGUGCACCGACACAAUGGACAUCGCGAUUCGCGUUUGUCCGGUUCGUACGCGCGACGUCCGAACCGGACGCAGCGGCCGGGUAAAAGUCAGGGAGACGCGGUAACGCGUGAUUUAUACGUUGUCGCGCGGUACGGCGUGUUGUAUUAUUAACAAACGCGGACGCACCAGCGCGUUUGGCCGUUCGACUCGUACGCGCGCCAGGCAUGCGGACGGACGCGUCGUGUAAACGGGUUGGCGGCGGCGGGACAUUUUCCGGGAAUCCGGUUUGGCGCGAAAAACUCCCCGGGGAGAACCGGUCGGACGUUACGUUUAACGGUUCGCGUGGGCACGCGAUUUAUAAAUAACCGUGUAAUAAUAUUACAUUAUUAUUCAGAGAGGUAUGUCUGUAUGCAUAUCGUAUUACACGCAAUACGCCCACGUGCAGCGCGAACAGAACUGCAGGGUAAUAGUAAUUAUUGUUGUUGUUGUGAUAAUAUACACACACACAAGACGUUAUUGUUAUGCGACGAGUGUACGUCAUAAUGCGUUAUUACUAUCCGUUUACCGGCAAGAACCCGACCGACACCCACGGUGUGUGAACGGCGAUAAUCUUCGCAGCGAUUCGUCGUGUCCCGGCGAGACGGCGAGUCGUCGUCGGCAAUAUAAUAAUAAUAUAGUCCAAUAAAUUUUACUCCGAAUAAAACAAAAACAAUUAUAAAACAUUUUGAUGUUUUUUUUUUUUUCUUUUCUCCCGUGGAUUUAUAAUACCGCCCGCGGCGACUCGUGCCCCUUAAUGUCGUCCGUUUUUUUUUUUUCCUCCUCGCAUAGAACUCGCAUAGCGUUAAUAAUUAUUUUAUAAAAUAAAUCCCGCGGGAACCGCGUCUGUAUAGGGAAUUCUGUCGGAUAACAAAAACGGGGGGGGGGGAACCGAAAAUUCCGUCAAGCGCGUUAUUAUAUUAUACUUUUUAAACAUAAUACAAUAUCGGAUUUCGUCUACGGUAAACGACGUUCGCGAGUUCGUCGUUCCCCCGGCCCCUCUCCGCCACCCGACCCGCUCACCCCACCCCCCNCCCCCCCCCCCCCCCCACCCCUCGUUUCGAUUGUCGCCCGCGGUAUACGCGUGCAUUAUUAUUAUUCCCGGCGGGCACGCCACGACCCCUCGUAUAAUACAUACGUACUGUAUACAUUAUUAUUAGACGUAUAUAAUAUAUAUAUAAAAUAUAUAUAUACCCGCCUUUCGGAGACGUCGUUUCCGGGAACCGUUCGUUCCCGGAGAACGGCGAAAUCGUCAUUAUCGUCAUCAUCAUCGUCUCCGUCGUCCCCGUCGUCAUCGCGCGCACGCACCGGCGGUUUUUCGGGUCGCUUGGGAGGAGUGGUAGAGCACGUUUGUACGAUUCGCCGCCGCCGCCGCCGCCGAUACGGUGUCGACGGCGGCGCGCGUCUAAGUAGAUUUCGUCGUCGUCGCCGUCGCCGUCGCGUCGCGUUUUUUCUAUGAUAAAACGUCCGUCAUUCCGCCGCAGUACGGUGUCGCCGUCGGGUCUCGGUCCGCGGUCGUCCGGUCGGCCGCCUCGCGCGCGCGCGCUCGGUCGUUUGUCCCGACCGCGGUCCCGUCGUCGUCGUCGUGUUCGUACACGUAUGUAUAUAUACCAAUAUACUCGCCGAGAUAUAAAAUAAUGUCAAUUGUUUAUCAGCCGGGUGCAAUGGGUAUUAUUUAAUUUUUUCUCGUCUUUGUACCGACGAGCGCGGUGAACCGCGCGGAGCUUAAAAAUAUUACGAUGAUAUUUCAAUAAACGGCCCGCGAUUUAAGUACGAUAUUCUCGCGCGCGCACAACAAUAACGAUAAUAACUAUUCGCGGUACGCGUUUGAACGGAGCGAUUUACACACGUCGUCGGCGCGGGGUACGUAUUUUUAUUUUUGUUUUAUUAUUAUUUUUUUUUUUUUUCAAAAUUGUCGUUUUCACCAAAAGAGUAGUAAUAAUAAUGUUAUUUAUUUAAGCGAUUUUUUUUUUCCCCCGUUUGUAAAAACGAAAUUAGCUUAAAAUUAUCGGCUUCGAAUAUCGGAUUUCGUGGGAAAUGGUAAAAAGAAACCGUAAAUAUUAUCGCGUUUUUUUUUUAUAUUCUGUGUUUCACUGACGCGAAAGACAUUUUUUUCCCGGAAAACGUUUCGGGUAAAAUAACGUACCCGAAAAAAAAAUCCGUUCACACCGUACCUACUCGAAAGAAUGCAGAUUUCCGUCGGAAAAUCCUAGAUUCCCAACGGUUUUACAGGGAAAAAAAAUUUAAAUAAAAAACCCCGAUAAUACAAACUCGGUACACGGGUUUUGUAUAAAAAAAAAUCUAAAUCGCUCAAAGGUCUGCAAUAUCUUAUCUGAAUAAUAUUUAGGCGGACAGAACGUCUCAAAGUCGGAUUAUUAAAAUUCAAUUUCCAUACUCACGUAUACCGAAUAUUGGUUGUUUUUUUUUCGUAUGAUUUAUUAUUUAUAAUAUCGCCGGAUACAUCAAAGUGAAUCUAUACCGAAACGCCACAGCGCACGCGUGACGAAAAUACUCGCCAUCGACGAUUUUUUACUCGGAAAGUUUUUUAUUACUCAACCGAGUCGGCUUAUAGUGGAUUUUUCCGCGGACCCGACAGACUGCAGGGUUUUUCGCAAAAUAAAACCGUAAAUAUGAAACGCUAAACUCAUGCCUGAAUAACGCAAAUACAAUCUGGCCCGGUUAAUAAGACAUUCAAUGCUCUUAAAAAGACAAAUACAAAAAAAAAAACAGUCAUUCAAAAUAUACCAUGACAAAAUUAAAACAAUACGUCAUAUUUUAUUUUAUUUAUAUACAGACCAAGGCCAAAAAAAUAGAGAAAACAAAUAGAACAAAUAAAUAACUGACUAGUAUUAGCUGGGCGCGAUUAGAGUGAUGGAUCAAAGUUAAAAUCUUCUAGGCUGACAUAAUGAUAAAGGAAACAAGAAUAAAACGUGACUAGAGGUUAAUGGAGACUGAUGGGUCGAGCCAUAUUGUUGUACAAAUCUAGUAUUUGGAUAUAUAGUUUAUGGAUUAAAGGUCAUCAACUAGAAGUUAUUAAAAUCAAUUUUUUCAAUUUAUCAAUAGUUAAAUUAUUAAAAAAUACAAAGCGAAUGAUUAAAUCAUAAAAGCAUAAAUAAAGGCUCCUAUCCGGGAGUCAUGCCUCCCCUCCUUUAAUCCGGGCAUCAAUAUGGUAGUACGACAUACACAUAAUAUUUGAAUUUUUUUGUAGAUUCCGAGCGAAUUUAGUUUUACUACAGUUUGGACUCUUUUAAAAUAUUUUUUUAGUGUUUGUAAAUAGUAUAUUUUCGAUGUAAAAUCUUGCUCCAGUCACUCUAUUUAGGGAUGGUGUCUGAAUGUAGCAAACCGUUUGCCGUUUUUUUUUUAUUUUCCUUGUAUUUUUCUUAACAGCGGGGAAAAAAAAUAACGUCGGAAUGAUGAGAAUAUUUACGAAAUACCGCGGUUUCUUAAAAAUUCCAAUCUUUUUUCCUUUUCGAAUUUUUCCCAUAAUUAGAAACCAUUUGCAAGUCCAUUAUUUCCCCGUGGAAUUCCCCCGUUUUGGUCAACUUCUAGUGGUUUCCAUGGGAUUAAAUGGUCUCAAACUCGCAAAUUGUUUAAGAGCAUUGUUUUGUUUUGUAAAAGAAGGUGUUUUUUGGGCUUUGAACACUCCUACAGUUCUACAGAAAACCCCAAUAAAACUAGAGGGAUGACAUUUUGUAUACUGAUUGAGUUAGUGUCAAUGUGUGGUUUUUCGACUUUCAAACCUCGUCUUUGCAAUUUGUUAAAAUUUCACCAUUUGUAUUAUUAUUAAUUUGUAUUAAUUUUUUUUUUUUGAAGAAUUAUAGUUGUAAUAAUAUACUAUUAUAGUGUUAUAUUAUGAUAAUAUUGUAUUCUGUUAUCUAUUAUUCCAAAAAUUAGUAUUCUAUAAUAAAAAAUAUGUAGGAAGAGAACUCUAUACUAUGGAGACUGAACUUUACUGCUCGCGGGUGUUAUUAUUCAGUGGAAAAUAAUCGAGACCUGAAAUUUUCGCUGAAUAUAUUAUGUAUAUUAUAUACUAUUUCCUGGAGAACGUCACAUAUCAACUAACUGGCAAUAUAGACAAAAACAUAUUCUGUGUAGAAAUCCCUUAAUCUUGGUUUUAGAAAAAAAACACAAACUAUAUUAAAAAAGAUAAUGGGGACGGGGUGCAGCCACUGUUAUAAGUAAUUUAAUGUAUACCUAUAAGCAAACGAUAAACCAUUAGUUAUAAAAAAAACGAUUCUGAGCGGAGUUCAGUUGAUAGUGAUGCUUUGUCAACAAUAUAUAUGUCUUAUUAUAGUAAAAAAAAAAAAAAAAGCUUUCUAUAUUUCCUUUAAUAAUAUAUAUUUAAUGUUGUACCGAUUUUCACUGUUUUCCUACGUUUUUCCAGGUUUUCCAUUUUUAUCCCGGUUUUUCAAAUUUGAUGUGGAAAUCGAAAAAUGACCUCUCUAAAGUACCUCCCUUGUGAAAUUUCCUUUUAAAAUCAUUGUUAUCAUUAAAAGUUGGAGCAAAAUUGCUGGUAGAAAAGUUGUCCAUGGAAAAAAUAAAUCGUAAAUUACAUUUAUUAUAUUUCAUACAUUUUUCCGUUUUUUUUUAUUCGGUUUUUCGCAUUUGAUGAAAAAACUCUGGAGAAAAUCGAAAAAUGACUUCUUUAAAUUACCUACCUAAGCCGAUUUCCCUUCAGAAAAAGUGAUACACGUAAAAAUCCUAGCAAGUCUUCUGGUAGAAAAGUUGCGUACAGAUAAAAAAAAAAAAAACAUCUUUUUAAAACCAUAAGCUUCUUCGUUCCACUCAGAAUCUAAAAUUAAGAUGACAAUUUAAAAAUUGCAAAAAAGACAACUUUGCUUUUUGAAAUAUUUUUAUCUUUUAAUUUAAUCAUUUUUUUUUAUUACUAAAAGCUUCGUCGCUGAAACCGUUCUUCUAUUUUCUCCGCUAAUUUUUUUAAUGUUUCAUAACUUGGUAGAAAUGGUAGUUUUUUUUUUAUAUUUCUCAGAUUAGUGUCUCUCAGUCGUACUCUUCCUCUUAUCCUAUUUAUCGUCCCCACCAUUAUAUUUAUAAUAAAUGCGUUGUGUCCCGCAUAGAUUUAUAAUAAAUGCUUUUAAUUGUUUUAAUGUUUUACGAAAUUGGACAUCCGACUCCUACAACCUUAAGAUUUCGGGGAAAUUCUAAUGACUUCGUGGGCCUGAUUCCCUUUAACUUCUAACCUUCGUCUACGGUACUCGUAUACGAUUUUUUUUUUUUGUUUUCUUUGGGAUUGAUCAUGUGCCUGCAGCCUGCAGCACAAGACAAAGACUAAUAAUAGCGAUCUAAAAGCGUAACUUCUGUACCUAUAUUUAAUUAACUAAAUACUAUUGUACAUUUAAUUAUAAAACCACAUUGUCUAUCGGAGCUUUUGAUUGUUCGCUCGCCUACGUCGGACUUUUGAUCGAAAAUAAAUUUCAAUUAGAUAUGAAAACCAUGUCGGAUAGACAGUAACUAUAAAACUUCUAAUUCCUGUGUCAAAACAGUCUAGAUUAACUAAUUUGGAAGUCAAAUGUACACAACAUAAGUCGGGAUCCGACUUAAAAAAAAGAUCAUUGUUUCAUAUACCUAUCAGAAUAAGCAAAAAAGAAGUCAGUACCCAUUAUUUUUAUCUAUUGGUCCACGUAAAAUAAUUCUUUGGGGCUUUUAAGACCGCACGCAUAUUUUAGAGCGUUGAGCAUCAAGCGUGUUCAAAACAUCAAACAUGUUCGAAUUUUAACGCUCGACGCUCUUGAAAUUUAUUUGACGGCGCGAACAGUCGAUACCGGUAGUAUGAUAGACCUUAUUCUACAAAUAUAAAUGCAUUUAUUUUAUAUUAUAUAUUAAAAUAAUGUAAUAUUAUUAUUAAAAUAGGUAAAUAUAGGUAGGUGCCAUAACAGACUUAAGUUUACAAAGCAAUUAUGGAUUAUUUUUAGAAAUUAAUGCGGUAUGAACUUCAACUCUUUUAUUUUCCAAAAUUGAUUUUCUUAUAGUUGGAUUGUCUAAACGAAUCGCAAGAUGAUCUACCCUAAUGAAAGGUAUGAUAAAUGCUGAAAAAAUAAAAAAAUGUUUAUAUUCUAGAUAUUAAAUGACCCACAAUGCUAAAAAAUAACGCGCUGCAUUAUGCGCACCUUUGACCCUCGACGCUCAACGCCCUGCAAUGUGCUCGCGGCCUAAAUGUCAUGGGUCCGGUACCCGCUUUCAGUAUACCAUUUCGGGUUACCGAAAUUUAUAAGAAUCGUUCUCGGACAACCGCUUGUCGCCGACCAACGGACACGAGACCGCACCGGUAAAAUAAAGAAACAGAUAGAACGUGCCCGUACUAAUCUUAAGAGAGGGUCGGCCCCCAGACUAACGGCUGAGGCCGAUUAUCAGAUAAAUUUCGGGUGGGUAUCGAAUAAAUCGACUAAGUGUUGGUAUGUGGUACUUUUGGAAACAUUUUCAUUUUUAACGGUCUUCUAACAGACGACCUACAACAUUUUUGGACAUAGGUAUUAUUGAAUUUCAUUAUGAGUGUGCAGCCACGAUCCGUGGUAAAUCGAAACGAAAAAUAUUCGCGAGGUAGUAAGGAUAAAAAAAAAAUCGCUUCGCCGGCUUUUCUGAUUGUUUUCGAGAACCAACAUUUCCGCGUCUAGCCCCGUCCGUUCUUUUAUUAUCUACGGUCGCAAUACGGUGAAAAGAAAUAAAAAAAACCCGAACGGUCGCAAGGUUCGCGACCGUUUCUUCGAAAAGAAAAAUCUCUCGUCGUCGUCUUUCUCGUGUACAUUUUAGUGUUUUCUAUUCUGUCCAUAAUCGCGCCGUACAUGGAAAUGUCGUCUGUAAUAAUAUAAUAUUAUAUAAUAUUUAUGUGAAUUAUUAUUAUAGGGACCGAAAACAAUUCCCCCUCCUCCCCCGAAUUCCAUCUGCCCCGAAACGAACGUCCAAUCGCGGAAUGCGAAAAUAAUGCGUGCGCCGCUCUUGUGCUGUGGAUUUUCCUAGUAUUUUUUUUUUCCAUGGUCUCUGUGCAGCGUGAAAAACACAUAACCACGCGCAUGCGCAUGCACACAUGUACAUGUACACAAUUAGACGAUUGAUUUUUAUGAUGCAUCACUCGAGAACGAGUGAAAACGCGCUCGAAAAUAAACCUUCGAAAAGGUAUUUCGAAAAGCUAAAAUGGUCGGUGACGGGUCGAUUUGAAAAAAAAAAAAACUAUUUUCUAACAACGCUUGAAAACGCUAUGAACGCGCAGUAUUUUCAUUUUUUUUAAAUUCAGUUUUUCGCGCUGCGGGCAUUAUAAAAAAAUAAACCGCUUCGCGUUGGUAUUUCGUUUUCGCACAUAUUGUUUUAUAGAUUACUCUAAUUAUUGAUUUCGAGGGCCGCGUUAGAGGGGCGGGAGAUUUUUAAAACUUCUCUACACCCUAUUUCGAUUAUUUUUUUUUCUUUAUCUUUAUCGCGUCGGGUUUUUUUUUUUUUCUAUCUGGAAUCUCUUAACGUUUUUAAGCGCGUUUACAAAUCCGUUCCCCAAUAUUAUACGAUUUACAGUCGACUAUAGGUAUAUUAUGUACAGUAUACGCAAUUUAAUACGCAUUAAAACGCCGCCGCCGUAUUAUAUAAAAGGUAUACGGACGGUAUAAUAUUAUACAUUUAUACGUAUCAUGAUAUUAUUAUUAUAUCCGACCGCGGCGGCGGUAAUAGAAAAUAAAUUAAACUUUCCUGCGGUUCCGCGGGUGGGAAACGCGCCGCUCCGUUUCGCGGGAAAUUCGUAUUAAAAACUUCUUUUUUUCUUUUUCUCCUUCCUCUUCUUUUUUUCUCUAAAAAACGUCAGUUGGCCGCUUUUGUCAACAAAUAACGGCACACCGGAUACGUGUAUAUACGUAUAUAAACGAUAUAUAUAUAUAUGUGUGUGUGUGUGUGUGUACCCGCCCGUGCGCGGUGUGAGUCCCCAGUGGUUUUCGAGCGCGCACGCGUGUGCAUACCAAAUGAAUAUAACAGUUACGUGACCCACGCGAUGCAGUUGAUAAUCAUUCGUUUUUAUACACGAAAUCGAAUUAUAAUAAAAAAAAAAUAUAUAUAUAUAUGUAUACGUAUAUAUAAUAAUAACGAAAACUCGGAAACAAAAGGUUUUUCAAUCGCUUUACCUAUAUAUAGGUACACGUAUAUUAUACAGCGUGUUCCAAAUGUCUCGUAUCACCUUUUCAUUCAAUAUGGUAUCUUCGUGGGGCAAAUCAACACGUCGAAAUGAGGGUUUUCUUUUUCUUACUGUCAUAAUAAUUAUAGUAAGAAAAUUCUAAUCGAACGGCACGAGUAUCAACGUUUAGUUAAAACAUAGGCAUUGAGUUUUCGAUUUCGUAAAACUAAUAAUAAUAAUAAUAAAUUAUUUAACUCAAAAUAUGAUUAAUAUAAUAUUAAUAUAAUCAACAUAAUAUAAUACAAUCAUUUCAAAUCGUAAUUGUUAUUUUUUUUUUUUUUUACACGAUAUGACUACUAUUCUCUAUAAGCAGGCUUGCGAAUCGUAUUAUUCAUAUUGGUAUUAAAUAUAGAUACAACAAUAUAAACACAAAAGACUAUAUUAUAGUGAUAUUAAGGGUCGUUCUCGCAAACGUAAAAAAAACCCGUUUAUCUGAUUCUUAAACUGAGUUCAGCCAUAAAAUGACCACGAUUAGUCGAUUAUCUUAUAAACUCAGUUAAAAAAUCAACGUUUACGCUGGUGAAAACGGGCCUAUGUUGAUUAUUAAUAAAUAGUAAAAUGCAGGUAAUAAUAUUGUUAUUAUGUUGAUUUUCGGCAAAACAUGCGAAUCACGUGCUUUAACCAAUCUCGACUGAACCGCCGAUUUUUCUUCUCCCUAAUAAUUGAUAACAUACCUAGUACAGUCUUGCUUCGUCGAUUUUUAUUUUUAAAUUUAAACUGUUCAAUAAGAAUUAUCUUACUAUGAAAAAAAAACUCAUUCUCCACGAAGAUAUUAAAGGUGAUACGGGCGUUUUACGAGAUACGAGGCCACUUUAGAGAAUAACGAAAACAACCGGUUUUUCGACUAAUCCGAUCGACUAAAUUCUGAUAUAUUUCAAUAUGAUGUCUACAAAUCCGGAUUGUAAAUUUCAUGAUAACUAUUCAGGUUUCUUUUUCUCUCCGUCUCCCAAUUCGCAGAAUUAUAACAGACGAGUAUUGGGUUCAUUUUAUUAAAGUGCUGAACAAUAAUAAACGCACUUGAAUUAGUUUUACAAUUGAGUUUGUUUUAUUUGUAUUUUUUACUAAAAACGAGCUACAAAAAAUAAAAUUACAAAAUAAUUUUCGAGUUUUAAAAUCCAGAGUCUUGAACUUCUAGUUAAUCCGUAAUUUUUCCUUAAAAUAAAUCUGUAUUAUUAUUAUAUUAUUUUAAAUCGAUUUCAAAAGACCGGGUUUUAUAUUAGAGCGGAUUGACAUAUUAUCAAAUUGAAAUAUUUAAAAAAAAAAAAACAUAAUCCGUGCUGUGUCGUCGUUAUUCAAAAAUUAUUUUUUCAUUUAUCUAAUAUUGUUAAAAGAAAUGUAUAAACGUUUUUAAAUCGUGAUAUUUCACACACUCGUAUAUCGUUGAAAAAAUUUAAAAAAAACGACGACAUUGCACGAAUAUUGUUUUUAUAUUUAAGUUUGAUAUUAUAAUUGGUGACGUGCACUUUUCCGAAAUUGUAAAAUCAUGGACUUUUCCGGGAAAAAUUCACUGAAAAGUUUACUAUAAACAUUAUUCAAUUUUCUGACUGUACGCGUAAUUCCACGACAGACAAAAUAUUAAAAACUUGAAAUUUAUAUUUACUUUACUCAAAUAAAAUUCAUAUCUAAAUAUCGUAUAUAUUUAUUUAAUUAUACGGUAUUUAUGUCCAUCGUGUUCGUGCACUUGAGAAGUUGUGAGCUGUGUCGUUGUAUGUACAUUUAUGAAUUAUACAAACAGCAGGAUAAGAGGCGUAUGAUGGAUUUACCGGUAAACGAAGACACUUUGAUUUAAGAGAGGAACAUGAAACGGAAGUUAUAAUUUAUCAUAGUUCAAUAAUUGUUAUUUACUCGAAUAUUAAAUUGAAUUCGAACGGCGGAGGUGACGGCGGCGUAGAGUUUGUCCCGUCGCUGAACGACGCGAUGACGCGCGGAGGCGGUACGACGGAAACGGGCGCGUUAUUUAUGUAUUUAAACUAUUUCAUUUAAAAUGUACACAAUUGUCGUAUGUUAAAUAUUCAAAUUAAUUCUGUAGGCACUGAAUCGCCUACCUACCUAAAGACCGUCUACUGCGGUAUGGACCGCGUAUUUGUUUUUACGAUCGAGUCUUCCGAGUGAGGAUUAUUUAAUGUAUUCGUGUUGAAAAGAAAAAAAAAAACCGUGUUUAAUACUCGCGGCGUGAUUACAAAAGGGCGAGGGAACGAUGUUGCGUUGAAACUCCGAGUUUUACAAUCGGUACUCCCGGGCAAUUCGCAUAAUAUUACCGUGUUUUAAACUUUGCGAAAUCUUUUGACGAUUGUACUAAAAUAUUCCGCGCUGUCGCGAUUUGAACGUGUUUAUACAUUUAUAGCCAACGAGAUUCGAUUGAUAAUUGAGGGCGGGGGAAGCCCCUCGCGUUAAUUUCGCUAUGACGCACGCGAUUCGCAGCGCCCCCGAAAUUAUAUUCUAUUAUAAUAUCUGUUCUCUUAUAAAUUAUGUUAUUAAGAACUGCUCCCGCAGCACAAGCUCUGCUUGCCGGGGUGACGCUGCAGUAUAUUGUACUCAUGAACGCAUUUUUGAUGUAAAAACUUGUCGACGUUGCUAUAAACUCAUUAUUAUUGUAUUAUUACAAUUAGUAUUUGCGCGUUUGAUUAUAUGCGUGGGUUCGUGUUUCCCGGAUCGUGAAAAAAAAAAAAAUAAUAAAAAAUCCAUCCUUGUACCUAUAUAUAUGUUAAUUUUAAUUAAAAUUAAUCGCGACGAUUCGACGGAAAUCAAUAAUCGUUAUAAUAUUGUUAAUCGCACCCUGUAAGAACAAGAAGACUGUCGCCGCAAUCGAAACUUAACACUGUUGACAUAUUGCGGGGGCAUCAGUGGAAUCGCACAAAAUAUGGUUCUUUACAUAACGAUUGACUCUAAUGAAAGCAAUAAAAAAAACUUCGAUGCGUAGGUAUUGUGAUAAUUCAUAUUUUAUUCUGAAAAUUGAAAACUGCAAUCAUUAUUGCUGUUGACGUAUGUGAUGGUUUACAGUUAUUUAUUUUUGCAUAGUUUAACACUGCACGGGCGGUUCGUUACGACCGGUAUUCAAUACGGCCAUUUUUAUGGUUUGUGGCCGUUUCGAAUUUGUAUUACGGUUUUAUAUAUUGAUCGCCAUAAGUCGAAUAAUUGUGCGGCUACAUUUUCCCGCAUAUAUAAUAAGUAUAAUAUAUGCAAUACGCCCCGAAAUCCGAAUGUGUUUGCAGUGUUCCGCUGUAGAGUUAAACAAUUUGAAACCGCUCAGAAAUUGAAUAUAUCGCGUGUCGUACGUAAUUAAAAAUUACGUAUAGAACGGCAAAAGAACAAAAAUAACGCGCGAGUUUCGUAAACCCCUGAAAAUUGACGUCCUGGUAAAUAUUUGAAAUUUAAAAUUCGUUUUUACCCGAAACGACACGUCGUACCGGUUAUUUAUUUUUUUUUUGUUUCUCCGUGUUUUUUUUUACAAUCCCCCUACACCCCCCCCCAUCAUAUAAAAAAUACGACGUUCCGUGUGCAGCAGUCGCGCGUUUCCACUGAAUCCAUACAACAUAAUUUAAUAGGUUCGUUGUGAAACGUCAUCCGUCGUCGGUGACAUACUAUACAUUGUACGUUUUCGUUAUUACGGUUAUCGUGGUCAUUAUUCGAAUAUUCCAUACACGCGCGUAAAUUUCAUUUGACUAACGACUUCCGCACAAUGUGCGUAUGUGUGUGUGCGUGUGUGUGUGUUUUUUUUUGCGUGUUUAACGAGAACAAAAAUUUACGCGUAAUUUAAUCUACGCGAGUGUACACGUGUAGGUACAAUAAUAAUAUUUCGGGCCGACUACGCGGCGCAUACGUGUAAUACAUACAACAGGACAACGUUAUGUUAUUGCAUUGUCGCGAAUGUUUCGCGCGGUUCUUACGCGUACCGCGGAGUGUUCCGAUAUUCGAUUUUAAAAUAGAACGCGACCUUGAUACGUUGACGUUGUUUGGUGUCGUUUUAAGUAUGUGACUAAAACGAGAAAAAAAAAAAACUCCCGGUAUUUGAUGCAAUACCGCUGUACGGCGGAUGUGUAGUGUUUCGUUCGCGCGAAAUACUACCGCCCGUCGCCCCGCGAACCGCGCGCCCCGGGCCGCGCGGCGGUUACCGAAAGCCCGGGCGCCGAUGCGGAUUUUCGUGCGGUUCCGCGAUGGUUUCGAUUGGUGGGGAGGGGCGGGGGAAUCGACAAUGACGAAAAAAAAAAUAAACAGCUUAUACUGGGGACGGGUGCGGCCACUGUUGCAGAUGGAUGGCGCGAGGAAGGUGGGAUACAUCGUAUAGUUAUUCAAUUUAUACCUGUCCGCCAGCGAUAUACCAUCGUUCGAUGGCGGAAAAAUAUUCGGGGCCGCAGUUCGGUUAUACGUGUUUUUUUGAGAGGCCGUGAUAUUUACGGUUUUCGUCAAAAUUCGAUUUUCAAACUCUUGUAAAAAAAUACUACGUAUAAACUAAAUUUUUUUUUUUUUUUACGAAACUCCUGUCAAAUUUUCAAGCGUUUCUGUUGGAUUUCACAAUUUGUCUACAGGGUACCUGCCAAAUAAGAAUUACGUAAAAAAAAACCGCAAUUCGAAAAAAAAAAUCGUAUAUAUAUCGUCUUUUUCGGUUUUCUCAAUUAUCAUGAAAAAUACUUUAAAUAUCGAAAAACGACUUACUCUGUCAGCGAUGAAUUAUUAAUUGGAACAAAAUCGAUUUUUCGUCGUUUUUCGAUUGAAGUAAUAUUUCCGGUAGAAAACUUAAGUAUAACACAAUGAAAACGGUUUUACGGUAUUUACGGGAAACGCCGUAAAUACUUCCCGUAUUGCUUAUAAUUUUCUUUCGGGUUUUCCCGAUUAUCUCGAAAACCUCUUGGAAAAUCAAAAACCGACCUCCACGAAUGCAGCAGCCAGAGAAAAUUACCUAUCAGAAAAGGCGCAGUAUUCUAUACUUCGGAGCAAGCUUUCUGGUAGAAGAGUUGUUCACAAACACAAACAAAAUAAAAAACAAAACCACAUCGUACUAAAACCAAUGGAUCCCUCGCUACGCUCCGAAUCUAAAACAAUGGCCGGUACCCCUGCUAUAUACGGCGGGCUGGUUUUUAUUUCAUUCGAAAAUCGUACUAUUCCUGUAAUGUUGUCGUAUUCGUCCACAAUAAUUGUAAUUUACUGCAGCGCGAUCACAGUCAUUACGCGAAAAUAUAGACGGCGCUGGACGGGGCCCAUUGAUUAAAUCGAAAAAAAAUACUCGGGAUGGCCGUACACCCGAUGCGCGGUCACACUCCGUCCCCUAUAUUUAGUCGUAUAUUAUGAUAAUGUUACGUUACGGUUAAUGUCGCGUGCUGUACGCGCACUUUUUGCACAUAAAAACCGAUAUUGUGCCGCGAAAGCUUUAAUACCGGAACGACAACAUAUAUUGUCUGUUUUUGCACGUUGAUUUUUUUUUUCUCGAUAUUUUAUAAUAAUUUACAAAACGAAUUACGGACGCGUAAAACGAUGUUAAAAUUGUUUAAAUAAAACCCGACGAACAAACACAGACACUAAUGCUGCUCAGAACUUUAAGAUUGAUAACUGGCCGAUUAAUAUUACAAUGUGCCCGUUGUAAUGUUAAUACGAGCAGCGCGAAAUCGGUUAAAGUGUCUAAGUAUACCGGACACAACUACCGAUUCCACAACAUUUAUACUGGCCGUAACGCGAAAAUCUGACAAGUAAUUUUAUUUUUUAGAUUCUGUUCGAUGUUUUAAAAUUCCCUCCAUCCCGUGUAAGAAUUACUACGGAUAGAAUUAAAAAUAAAAAUCGUUUGCGAAAUCCGAAAUAUUAUCCAUUUUGUAACAGUUUAGUCACUAUAAUAUAAUAUAAUUCGAAACAAAAUUUCGGUGUUCUAGAAAAGUCUAAAAUUUCUUUUCUUCCUUUUUGAAUGGGCACGCGGCAGCGCUUAUCUCGCUUGCCCCGCCCGACCACACGCCACUGCCAGAAGGAUAUUUCGGUAUUGUUGUGGUUUUUCGGUUCGCUGUAAAUUCCGUGAAUUGAAUUUUUCAUUUUUCAUUUUCCGGCAGACGCAUACAAAAAAAUAUGGGGGGAGGAAGAAAUAAAACUCCGAAUAACCAAUCGUCUUUUGUGGUUUCCCGUUUUAAAUCGAUACAAUUCCGCUAGCCUUGUGUACCCAUCUAUACAGAGUGUUCUACAGUGUUAAAUAACUUAGUUAUUUGAUUUUUUUCAAUCCCUCAAUCACUGAUAAAUAUAACUUUAUUUUUUCAAUUUUAAACAUUUUCAAAAUGAUCAUUUUGUAAAAAAUUGUAAUGUAUCAUGCAUUUAUAUCCGAUCAAUAGUUUUUACAGAGUAAUAACCGUUUUAAUUUCCAGAAAAUUGGGGUGAAAACAAUUCACUUUCAAUAGAAUAACACGUUACACGAUAAGGAUUCACAAUCACUACGUCAUUCCUUAUCUAUCACUGAUAAUUGUUUUCACGCCAAUUUUUUAGAAAUUGAAACGGCUUCGAAAUUUUGAAAAAUUAAGUUUAUUUUUUUUUUCGUCAUUAUGAGGGAUGAAAAAAAAUGUAUGUUUUUCUCAGCACACUAACCAUACACAAUACUCGAUUGAAACCAAAAAAAAAAAAAAAAAAAAAAAUCGAAAAAAAAAUAUAUAACAAUGUGGGCCACUCUGUAUAUGUAUAUAUAAAAUAUGUAACCGACUACGGGCUUUCGAAUUAAAUAAGGUUUCCUUUUUAUUCCCGCGAACAAAAACGUUUUGAUAUUCCGCUUUCGUUUCGAUUUCAUUUUGUCCCGCGGUAAUUUUAAUAUACCGUUGGUUCCCGUAGUGAAGAAAGUGAAUUUUAGAUUCCGAGGGUGGCGAGGGAGCUAUUGGUUUUACAAUGUUGUUUAUUUCUUCUUUCUUUGUUCUAGUCUGUGGACACGUUUUUUCCCUAGUAAACUUGCUCCGAUUUUUAAGUGUAGCAACUUUUUGAAAGCUCAAGUUGUCUUUAUGGUACUUUAAAGAAGUCAUUUUUUGAUUUUCGACGCUAUUGUUUAAAUAAAAGCACUUAAGUAGGAAAAAACAUAUAAUUUUAUGAUUUCAUUAUUUUAUAAAACACGGACGACGUUUUCUAUCAGAAAAUACGAUUUAAUCGAAAAAUCACAACACACUUUUUUUUUUUUGAUUUUCAAUUUACUCUCUUACGGUAUAAUUUCCAAAACGUUUGAGCUUUUAAGGAAUUUUAAUUUUUGGGAGUUUUUUGCUGUAAUUCAAUUAUAAAUAUACGUAGAGACUUGAAAUUUAGUAAUAAUUCUUAUAUUAGACUUACCUAGACGUGGUAAAAUUUUCAAAAUCAUCAGACAACUUUUUUUUUUUUUAAUAAACGUUUUGCAAUCAAAUUUAAAUCAAAAUCACAAAAAUUUACGGCAUUUUAAAUUAUGUAUUGCCGAACUGAGUUUAUGAUUUAUCGUUGCUUACAGAUAAUAAAUAACAUAGCAUUAUGCAUCCUACCUUCUCAACUUCUCACCUACAUCAGUGGCCGCUCCCAUCCCCAGUAUCAGCUCUUUAUUAUUUUUUCAAUAUAUAACAAUAAUAUUUCGUCUGAUUCUUCAUUUCGCUCCCCAUUUAUUGUUUGAUCAAAAUUUCACGAAUCGUUGCGCACACAGAGAAUGAGGGGGGGGGCGAGUCAUAACCCCUCUUGAAAUUUCUUCCUUGAAUGCAUUUUUUUUAAUCAAAUUUUAUAUUCAACAACAUACUAUCCUACACCACGGAAUAAAAUAAAAUUCAAUUUGAUCAAAAAUCCUUUAUUUAGUAAUAACAGCGAUAGUAUAUUGUACUGAUAGUAUGUGCUAUCCCCCUCUAGGAAUUUAUCAUAAAUAAAAACCCCCUCCCGGAAAAAAAUCCCGCGUGCCGCUGCUGGCACGAGUGUAGACACGAAACGAUCGGAAAUAGUGUCGCGCGUAAAAUAAGCAUCGCCGUACUGACAUUUCACUAAUAUAAUGUGUGCAGCGCGUGUAUUUUCUGAAUUUAAUUCGUUCGUAUUGAAAACUAGUAUAAUGCGUGUGCGUAACUCCAAAAUUGACCGAAGCCCUUUAUCGCCGGUGUAGGUGUAGGUAUACGAAAGAUAUUUUAUGAUGAAUACACGGGGAGUUUACGGUGCGUUUGGCGCGGGUUUAACCGACGGGAUUUAUGUUAUUAUUUAUUGUUGUUUAGGCCCGGGGGCCCGUGAUAAUAUAUUAUAAUACGUAUAAGCUCUCGAUGUAGAAUAACGCGCCGCUCGGGGGUUUACAGGGGAGAGGUCGGUCAGUGGUCCGAAUCCAUUAUACCGUGCAAUAUCGGUUUAUUACGUGGUUCCGGGGGUAUACGGUGUACCCGUUAACCGAGGCGUCCGUGGCUAGCGGGAGUGCGGGGUUGCGUUGCGAUUGCGUGCGGACCUUUUUCACUAUUACGAUUGCGUACGUUCUAUCUACCAAAAUUCAAUGUAUCGUUGCCGUUGCGUGUUCACAGGCGUGAAAUUUGUGAAAAAUGUGUAAAUUAAAUUAUUUCAGAAAAAACCUUUGAUUAACUGACAUUUAAGGUACCCAUAGUUUGGUAAACGUAAUUGCGACAUUAUUUCCAUGACUACUAUUCCAACACUAAAGUUAAACAAAAAAAUAACCGCGUGUAACUGCCUAUUCGCUCAGUUUAAAAUAGAUGGUAAUGUAUUACAUUUUUUUUCUGCAGGGACUGGUUAUCGAUACCAGGGUUUUACAUUAUAAUUUGUCCGUUUAUUAAUUUAUAAUAGUUUUUAAUUGACUACUAUUGGUUUGCAAUAGUAGUCGUACGCAAUCGUAUAUCACCGGAGAGCGGGACUUAGACUCUAUAGAUCACCCCGAAACAAUUACGGGUCUGGUAAAUCGAUAAUGCGCGAACGACGCGCGCGAAAAAGGCGUCGGUGUUUCAGAACUUUUCAGUAUAGAACAGCUUUAUCGGCAUACUUUUUUCGGCGGUUUAAACAAUACAAUAAAAAAAUCGCUUAACGUAUUACGCGUGUUGAUUUUAAUGCGCUUUGCCAUUACUCGACCGCACUUAAAUAUUCUAACGCGGCGCAUUUGAAACGAGCAUUUCGCGUUCAAGUCGCCGCGGCAUGUUACGCGUGUAACUUAAAACGCUCGAAAGACGUAAACAAAAUCGCGGCUUAUCGUAAAACGCGCGUUGAAAUAACACGUACAAUAUCUUUAGAAAUUGACCGUUCUACUUGAACGUGUGACCGUUCGAAAAACCCACGAAAUCGUGAAGUUCCGUGAACUCGCGCGUAACAAUUUUAUCGAAAAUAAAAAAAUACGUACUCGCUAGAUCAAAUUACCUUGAGGUUUUUUCUUUUUCGACAAUUCAAAUAUUUUCUUGAACAUGAUUAGGAUCAUAUUUUGUUAAAUAUUAUAAUGUAAGGUGCACUCACCGCUCAGCAUAACCUACAGUAUUCCUGUUAUGAUCACUCAUUCGUAAUUUUAUUCGUAAAAUGUAACGAUUUUGUAAUUUUAUAAUCCGUUUGGUUACUGUUGUAUUCGUCUGUCGUUAAUUUAAUUUACUGGGCGAUAAAAAUUAUUACAAAAACAUAGAUAGUGUAAGGUUUUCGCGUGCAACGGGAAAAUGAAAUUCGAAUAUAUUAAUACUAAUUUGUCGUUUCAUAAUUAUUAUUCUAAGGUAUGAAAUUCAAACUGAGUAUUGAUAAUCUUAUAUAUAAUAUUUACCAGUUUUGUUUUUUUUUUUUCUUCAUCGAUAAUCGUAUGGACAGAUUAAUACAAAUAUUAAUUGAAACAAAUUCUCAAGAUGGCCAUAGACGACCAUAACUCCGUCCUACUUCGUUUCAUAAAAAUAAUUUAUUUCAGUAAAUAAAAUAUAUUACCCGUUGUUGCAGUUUAACUUACGUGUGAUUUCCGUUGUAUUUUUUCAGUGAUCGCCGGAAACGUCGGUGCACCAACUGCUCGAUCUCAGGCUGUGUGCGAACGCUUGCUAUAUUUACGUCGGCGCGGUUUUACGGGUCAUGGCCGGAACAUGUUGAACACGUCAUGUCGGGAAACGGAUACGCGGCCGGGCAACGACAACGAUGCGGUGUCUCCGCCCGUCGCCGUGCUCCAGGACCCGGACAAAUCGAUGCGACUGCAGGCCUGCUGGAUCCGGUUGUGGGACAGGUGGGCGAGCGAGCAGCGCAUCUUGGUCUUGUACCAGAUGCACAUCAACCACGUGCUUUCCCGGGAACGGUCGAAGUUAACGCUGGCUGGCGGUCGGGUAGUGACAUGCAGACGCGUGAAGCAUCAGCACCACCAACAGUCUUCCGGGGGCGACGGCGGCGUUAGGUCUCACCCGCUACGGUCUUGGUCGGACGCCACGGCCAACAUCGCGGCCGCGGCGGUGCCCGAUUCAUUUGCGUCGAUGUUACCGGUGGUCGUCGGCGGUCCGCCGGACCUCGCUGCCGACGCGCGCGACCUGCGCGUCCUGUCCAGCGCAGUCGACCGGCUCCGGGGGUCCGGUUGGUACUACGAGGGCGCCCGGGCGCAGGCGUGGACGGCCAACGCCCUCGCCAGCAUGCCGCCCGGCCGGUUUUGCGUCCGCGACUCAAAACACUCGGAGCACCUGUUCACGAUGGACGUUCACACUGGUGGCGGGAACAUCGUGAGCGUUCGGUUCACGUACGCGGACGGGCUGUUCGGGCUCGAUUCGAUGCGCCGGCACAGCGGCCGCGGCGGCGCCCUGUCCUUUCCGAAAUUCCGGUGUCCGAUCGAGCUGCUCGACUACUACGUGCGGUUGUCCCGGAUCGAGGCGGCACGGCGGACGCUCGUUUACUCCGUGUGGGUCGACGGGUGCGGCCAGUUGUUCUCGUGGAUGAACCUCUGCCGGCCAAUGGUCAAGGUGGACCCGGUCGGGUUCCCGUCACUCAAACACAUGGCCCGGCUGGUCAUCAACCGGCACAAGUGUCUGAUCACCAUUACUCCUACAUCACUACCAAACGAACUGAUCGAAUAUUUACUCCAGUAUCCGUAUAGCCUGUGAUUUUGUACAAAAUUAUCAUUAUGAUUUUUACUCGUUCGUUUUAUUUAUAUUACUUAAUUAAUAUUGUUAGUUUUACCCGUAUUAUUAAAAUGUUAUGCAAUCAGACGACCUCGUACGUACAAACUUUAAAAACCUAUGUAUAUUAUAUUAUUUAUUAUGUAAACACUAAUUUAAUAAUUUAAACACGCCGAGAGAACACCUCGUAUUUUAUAAUAUAAUAUUAUUAUAAUAGUGAUCCGGGCAUUUUUAUUACUUGACCGGCCACGUUCCGCCUAUCCGCACACGUUUCCCCGGACGAUUAUCGAUUUCGUAGCACGGUAAUGUUGUACACGAUUGACGAAAUCUAUCGGUUUGUCUUCUUGCGACGUUUUAUUAUUUUCACCAAACGUAUUAGGUACGCAAUCGGCGGCGCGGUGAAAUUUCAUCACCCGACUUAAAAUUUGGGAUCCGCCUACCGGCGUACGUAUAGGCGGUCUUGGCGCCUACAUGGCGAUUUGCAGGGGAGGAAAGUAACACGGCGAAAUUCGUGCUAAUAAUGCAGUUAU